AUGUUUUCAAUUUUCGGUUUUUACUUUGCAGUAUUCAAAGCCAUCAGGUUCGUAAUGAUGGCCGACUUGGGCGAUCGGUUUGCCACGUUAGAAAUAUCUUUAUCAUGUCAAGAUUUAAUAUUCAAUGGUGUUUUGGAAGAAUUAUCGAAAACACAAAUCCCAAUCAUUGCUUAUAGUCCUCUUUGUAGAGGUUUAAUUACUGAUCAUGCUGCUGAAACUACUGACGCUUUCUUGGAUUCAAUUCCCAAAGGUGAUGUCAGACAUCACAUGGAUAAGUUUGGCCCUGAAAAUUAUAAGCAUAAUAUUGAAAUUGUUUAA